AUGUCUGUUAAUAAAACUGCGUCUUCGCAAGACGAUUUUAAUGAUCAAUUAGAUAUACCAAAAAAUAAUAAGUUAUCAAAUGAUCAAUUUUUGGAAGCUGCUUCACAGAUCAAAUCUAAUAUUUCUGUCUCAAAUAAAGUUUCUGAUCUAACUGAACAGAAUAAUUGA